AUGAAGCCCAGCGCCACAGUCACGCCAAACACACAUUAUCUUGAGCCAUAUCCUCCUCUGAUCAGUCAGGAAGGAGACAUUAAAGGACAAUCACUUAGGAAGGAGGACGACAGAGAAGUUUUUGCAUUAAACGAGGGACGAGGCGCAGCGUUGGAGUGUUGUGGCGAGUUCUGGGAGCAGUUUGGUGUUGGAGUCUCUCCUCGGCUAGUGGAGAAGUUUAUUAAGGAUCAUAUCCACCCCGAUGGCGUUGUUGGCUCAAAGGAGGAGAAGGUUAGGAGUGGUGUUGUUUAA